AUGGUCAUAGUGGUGCUGGUUCGUGGUCAGUCCAGUCGGUCGCGGGAAGGGGAGUCUCUCUUUCUCCCUCUCAGAGUUCCCAAAGCAAAGGAGGACGGCCUUGAAAGAAGUCGAGGACUCGGAAGCAGACUGGAACUCUCGGGCGUUUCAACCGUGGCACUCACCGACUUCGACCGCCGGCACUUGAAUUGGCUCGAAGUGAAACGUGCCGAAGGGAUCCGAGAAGGGGAAAUUGAAAAUAUGAAGAAAGAGGAGAAGUGGAAGAAGUGGAAGAAGUGGAAGAAGUGGGAGUAG